CUUAUGAAUUUGGGGUUUUGGGGUAUUGAGGUUUUGGGGUAUUGAUGUAUUGAGGUUUUGGGGUUUUGGGGUAUUGGUUUGGUAUGGUGUUUCGUUUCGGUUUUAGGGGUGAUUCCGAAAGAGGGUUACAUUAAUUUAGGGAUUCUCUCUUUAUUUGUAAUUGGAUUCCUGGGUGGGGUUUUCGUGUGGGAAUAUGCCUUGAAUAUGUAUUGAUAUAUACUUUGUUGCAAUGUUGUUUGGGGUGUAUGCUGAUUUGGGAAAAUCAUAUCAAAUUUUUUUAUUGAAAGUCUAGGAUUCUGUUGUUGUUCUGUUCUUGUGCUUUUGUUUGUAAUGCUUAAAUGGAGUGAUGGAUAUUGCUGUUCGUGAAUGGAGGGAUGCAGGGAUGCAUAUUUUUUCUGGAGAUUAGAUUGAGGUGCCCCCUUCCCCCCUUCCCCCAUUAGCACUGUGUUGAGAUGUUCUUUUUUUUUUGGUGAAUAGUGGGUUGAGAUGGUUGGGUUAGGUCCAAUUGGGUUGGGUCCAAUUGGGUUGGGAUUUAAAAAAAUGGUGGUCUUCGAUUGUUUUAAAAGCAUUUUCAGUGGUUUGGUGGAUUUUGUUAACUCAGUGAAUAGAUCUAGUACUGCAACUCAGUGGAUUUGGUGGAUUAUUUAUUUUAAUUUGUUACGGUGAGGUCUUAAAAAUGGUUGAUAGGUUGCAUUGUCAGGUUCAUACCCAGCCUUCACACGCAUUGUAAGCGUGUUCGUUCCUUAAUGGCCCUGGCCUGCACAUUUCAGUGUUUCAUGUUUAACUGAGACGCGGGCCCCAUACAUCAGUCACCUUUUAAGUAAAAGUAUAACCAUUCGUGGCAUAGUGGAGGUAAUAGCGCCGUAAUGCUAUUGGUACGGUUCAGAAAAGUGACAGUAUAGGUCGAUAAAAGUUAAUUAAUAAUUAGUUAAAUGGUCCAAGGGUCAACAAUAUAGUUCUGAUGCAAUGGAAUGGGAGGGAAAUUGAAUUUCCCAAUCCGUUGAUAGUUAGGUUUUUUGUUAUUUCAAGUUGGUGGGAGUUACCAGAUUUUCAUAAGAAUGGGUAUAAGCAAGUCAUGUCACUUUCAUAACACAUGUGUUCAGAGUAGACAAUGUACACAAUGUCCAGUUGUUGAAGUCUUUGGACUUACUCCAUGUCCCUCACUUUAGUCUAAACCCUAAAACCCUGAAAACCACUUUACCUCGUACGAAAGUAAAGUUCUUCCCCUGUGUGUAAAAGUUGAAAGGGUUGAAGACAUGGAAGUUGGAAAAAUGGCUGAUGAUGAAAGUAGCCUGAACACUCCAUUGGAUGGAGGUGAAGUGAGCUUGGAUACGUUUACACAGGAGGGACAUGCCGGUGUAACGCCACCUCCUGAGAAUAUUGAUGCAAGGCUUUUGUGUAGGGAAGUGAAAGAGAUCGGUGACGUGGUGAAAACCCUAGCUAGUACAGUCAAUGCCGCGCUGUUGAACUUCAAGGAUGUUGACAACCGUAUACAAGAACUUCACAGUGCUCAAACCAUGAUUGUUGCUACGUUGGAGGUUUUCCAAAAAAAAUUCCCACUGUCUGAGAUACCCUGCGACGCAAAAUUUGUGCCAAGAACUGGAGGUGGUAGCAAGGGGGAAGUCGAUGGAAUUGAUGAGCGGAAAAAACGUGUCAAAAAGGAGAAAGGCAAAUGUUCAAAUGGAGGUGGUAGCACGGGGAAUGUAGAUGGAAAUCACGAGUCAAAAAAACGAUGCAAGAAGGGGAAAGGAAAAGCUUCUUAUCUUCCAAAUGACAUUAUGAAUAUUGAGUUUGACAUUAGUGUGGAUCAGGAUGCUAUUGAAAAGAAGGGAGCAAGUGUACUGAAAGCUCUGACUUGCCAGCUAAACAACCCCACCAAUGUCCACAACCUUUUAUCUCCACUGUGAACAUACCCGGGGCAGCAAAUAAAGCGAAGGCCACAAUGAAUCCACGAUUUUGCAAAACCUUGCGCGGUGUGACUUCUGUAGAGGGCAUUGUUGGAGCAUUUGGUAGGCAAGAGCAUGAGAAGUCUUGCAAAAAAGCAAGUCCUACUCCGGUGACAACCAAAAGAAAAUCUAAACUCCGUAAGGUUGAUGAUGCUAUUCCAAAAUCCACAGAAGUGAAAACUUCCAGCUCCACUGACCCGAUAUCAAAGAAGGUCAUUGAAACUGACCUAAACAUUGCUCAUGCACCUUCUCCUGCGGUGGCCAAGGGUGGUAAGAGUUUGUUUGUGCCUGAAAAAAAAAUGAGCUUGUAUGAGACUCAAGUUGCUGCCUACUUGUUUGAAGAGGGUAAAGACCCAGAGGAGGUUUUGGUUCGCAUGGAUGACAUGAGUGCUUCCAGGAAUGACUUUUACUGCUUGAUGCCAGGCCAUCCAAUUAGUCAAAAGAUGAUGAAUUUAGUUGCUAAGAAGAUCACAUUAUCCCAAUCCUAUCAUAUUGCUGAGACUGUAUGGUGUCUGCCCCCAUCUUUUGUGGAUAAUGUUCAGAGUGGGAAAUGUAUUGCUGACCUGUGUGAGCUCUACCUCAAGGGGUGGAUGAAACCAUUUGAAACACUUAAAUACAUUUAUGUGCCCAUAAAAAACGAGGGUGAGCACUGGUAUUUGAUGGUUAUAUCACUCAGUGAGAGUGCCGUGUAUUACUUUGACCAUGACGUGAAUGCUGAAGACAAGAUCAUAAGAAAUGCAACGAUGCGGACAUUGUGUGAUGUUAUUGUUCAAAUGAUGGCCUCUUCUGAGCAACAUGAGACUGAUUUCUUUAGGAAGAUGGUGACUUGCAAAGCAUGGCAAUUGAAGUAAGCAACGGGAAUACCAAACACUAAGACAAGUGAAAACUCUGCGGUGUGGGUGUUAUCCUGGCUGGAGAUGGAAUCUGGCUUUCAGCACAAUAAAACUGGAGUGCUGCUUCAACCGUUCAUGGUGGAGAUCAAGCGCGUCAGCGAUGCAAAUGCGGAGAAUUUCUGAAGACCUACAGAUCUGGAACCAACAAAAAUCCAGGAAAAUGGUUUCUUCGGUGUCGAUAUUGGAAGAGCGCUGGGGAUUGUGGGUAUUUCAAGUGGAUUGAUGUCGACGAGGUUGGUUCAACUUCGGCAGCAACUCCAGCCGUACCUAUCUCUUCCACAAUCCCUACUUCAGUCUCCACAAAUGGUCCGUGUAGUUGCUCAGGCAUAGCAAUCGACAAAUUGACCAGGAAGAUUGAAGAGGCAGAAAAGAAGUUAGAUGAAGAAAGGAAGAUUAUGAAGCAAAAGAAUCUCCUGUUGAUAAUUUCAUGGACCUUUAAUGUGAUUUUGUUUCAGCAAUUGUUCUUUAAGUGGUAUUAAUUAUUUUAUAUUUCUGUCCUCAUCGUCUAACGCAUUCGAAUGUACAAUAUGACUGGGUUUGAACCUUUCUUCAAUGUCGUUAAUUUGUUCAUAUUCUGGAUUCUUGUUCCAUGUA